CAGUUUUUCUCGAUUGCUUAAACACUAUAACCAGGCCUCUAAACUAAAAUUUCAAAACCAUAAACGCUAUUGGUCAAAAAGCUCACCCAUUUCCCUGAACUAUAAACACUAUUCCCUGCUUUGACACAUGACUCAAAUUUGGUGAACUGGUACUGCAAAACUCUACACACAAAUCCCUACAUUUUACAGUGCUUACACCAUGUAGUCAUGUAGAAAGCACUAGCAUGCAAUAAUGUUAACUUAAGUCAGCAUAGCUUGAGCCCAAUUAGCACACAAUUAACCAGGUGGAAACACUAGGAGUCAAAAUUUAGCACACACCAAUCAGAACCUGCGAUGGAUAGAUAAAAGGGCCAAAGUCAGCUCAUUCAGGUUUGAAACAAUGGAUCCAAAGAGAUGCAAAGGAAGAGGACGUGGUGGAGAAAGAGGACGUGGUGAAAGAGGAGGACGUGGUGGAGAAAGAGGACGUGGUGAAAGAGGAGGAGGAGGUGGUGAAGGAGGUGGAGGUGGAGAACGACGGCGACAAGGAAGGGGAAGAGCAAGGGCACGAAGACAGUCAGUCUCGGAUGAAAUUCGAGCCACUUUAGUUGACCAAGUCCUUGUCCAUGGGAUGACUAUGAGGGAGGCUGGGCAACGAGUACAACCAAAUUUGAGUCGCUUCACUGUUGCCUCCAUCAUCAGAACCUUCAGGGAGGAAAACAGGACACAGAGACGACCACCUGGUGGAGGCAGGUUAAGGCUUUUGUCGGAGGAGCAAGAGAGGGAACUUGUAAACAUGGUAAUUGCAAAUAAUGUAAUCCGCCUGCAAGAGAUUCAAAGGAGAGUGAUUGAGGAUGAUCAUCUUUUUCGAGGCAUAAAUACCAUCAGCCUCUCCACAAUUGACCGCAUCCUCCGAAAGAAUCAAUUCCGGAUGAAACAGGCAUACCGAGUCCCUUUCGAACGAAACUCUGACAGAGUGAAAAACCAACGUGUGGAAUAUGUUCAGAGAAUCUUUGAGAUUGAAGGACGGCCUGUUCCCCAUGAAAUGAUCUUUGUGGAUGAGGCAGGUUUUAACCUGACCAAAAGAAGGAAAAGGGGGAGGAACAUAAUUGCACUGUAA